GGCCGGGCGCCUUUUAUCAGCGGCCGGGAGGCCCCAGAGGCCACAGCUGGCUCCGGGCGGUGUUGGAGGCGCAGCGUUUCUAGAACGUUUCUCGAGUUGCGGAGAUGGGAAAGAACACGAACCCUACGCGCAUGCGCAGACCUGCCCUGGCCUUGGGCGGGGCUCCGCGAAGGGGCGGGGCCUUGCCUGGCGGCUGCAGCAGCGUAGCUCCGCCCUCCGCGUUGGCGCGCGAUUCAAAAGGCAGGGAGGUGGUUGUGUGGAUUCCCCGAGGCUCUCCUGUGGUUCCCUGACCCCGCUAGGCCUUAGGCUCUGUCUCCUCAGCGCCCAUGAAACGGAGAGGCCCUGAGGAGGACGCGUGCGGCGUGUGGCUGGACGCGGCGGCGCUGAAGAGGCAGAAAGUGCAGACACGUUUAAUUACACCAGGUGCCAAAAUGCUAACACUCCUUCCUCGAGAAAGAAAGCCUACUAUUUCUUUCACUCAAAGAAGAAUUCCAUCUUUGGGCAUUAAACAGACCAGUAUUGCUUCCUUCUUCACCUUGAAGCCAGGAAUGAGAGAUAUUGGUAACCAGAGAAAUAUUUCAUCUUAUACAGAAGGUCAAAUCAACAAACAGUCCAAGAAAGAUGCAACUCAGCUAGACUGUUUGAUUCGGGACUCAGAAGAUGACUGCAUAGCUUCCCCUCUGGCCACUUCAACCCCUGAAGGCAUCGAGGAAACUGGACUUUCUCCUAAGUCCCACAAGACUUUGGGCCAUCCCAGUGUGAGAACACCUUGUUUGACCAUAUUGUCUUUGCCUCAACCUAAUACCCCAGCUUGUGCUGGAGACAGUAAAGCCCCACUGCCUUUUUCCUUCACUGAGGAUAUGGAAAGUUCUUGUUUGCUGGACCAAAAGGAGGAUUCUUCCAGGAAAAGGGAAUGGUUUUACGGAUCUGAGAAGCACUGUCAGGACAUGGAGAGACACAUCAAACCACUUGGGGGCGAGUGCCAUCAGCUCUUGGACAAAGCUAAAUCAGAAAGGAAAGUGUCUGCCAAAGAAAAUAGGCAGCAUUCCAUGCACCUGGAGACUUCCAGGGAAUCCUGGAGCAGAGAAAACACAGAGUCAGUGAAACAAAACCCUUGUCUUGUUUCUUUGUUUUCCUGGGGUAGUGAAAAGAAUGACAAAGAAUCCUGGAGUCAGCUUUUCACGGAAGAUUCUCAGGGCCAAAGAGUCAUUGCCCACAACACUAGAGCUCCUUUCCAAGAUGUAAGCAACACCUGGCAUCACAGCCUAGGGUAUUUUCCAGCCAGGCCUUGGGCUGAAUGCCAGGCUGAGCAUACUCAGUUAAGUCUGCAGCCUGAUUUGCUCCUUACCCAGGACUCUGAAGGUAAUCAAGUUAUCAGGCACCAAUUUUGAAUGUUUAUAUGAAGGUUUGGUUCCGGGAGCAUCUUGAAAUGGAAGAAUGUAGGAAAAUAUGUUCCAGGUGGAGGUGGGGGCUGAGGUGGGAAGGCAGCAUGGGAUUAAGCUGUCAUUAUCUAGCACUUUAUGUAAAUAAAGCUGGCAGCUGCCACUGGUUGAAACUGUGACUGGAAUCAUGCUUUUCCCUUAGGAAGGUGGCUGGUGAAUUUCUUAAAUGAGUCUGCGAUGAGUACUGUGGAGGCAGGGCAUGAACUUACCCCUUUACUUAACAGUCCAUUCUGCCUGUACAGAGACCCCUCUGCCUUUUCAUAUGCCUGCCUGGGUCCUUGCUUCUUUUCAUCUCUGGCUGAAAUCUUACCCACUUACCUAAGCUUGGAAUCAUUAUUCCUCAUGCCAUUUUGAGAGAUAAGGCAAAUUCCCCAACCCAAAUGUAUAUAGAGCUGGGGAUAGGAGAGGAAAUGGAAAAUGGUGAUAACCUCAUUUUUAAAUUUAAUUUAAUUUUAGUGGUAACUGUACAGCAUUUUAAACAUACACUUUAAAUAUCUCUCCCUUUAGGCCAGCGACUUGGGACUAAGCACUUGCUUAGGCAAGCCUGGGGUUCAAUCCCUGGUACUGCAUACCCGCCCCUGAGUGCACU